AUGUAUUUUCUGGCUCUCCCUCUCCUUACCGGUGUCUUUGCUAAGGUUGUGUCUGCCGCGCCAUUCACACCAACGGGUGGGCUAGACACAAACUCUUCGUCACCUGUCUAUCAGCCAUUGAGUGACUUCGACUUCCAGUCGUUGAAUCUUGCCCUCUACCAAGAAUUUCUCGAGCUGGACCUCUUCCAUCAUGGCCUCGCCGAAUUUUCUGCUCAGGAGUUUGAGUUCAACAAUAUCACUAUGGACGACCAGUUCAUAAUUGAGUAUAUGGCGGAUCAGGAGCUUGGACAUGCGAUUUUGCUCACCAAUAUUCUUGGACCUAACAACGCCUCAAAGCCCUGCAAUUAUUCGUAUCCAGUCGAAACCGCGCAAGACUUCAUACAGUUCAGUGAGAUGGUCACGCGCGUGGGCGAGGCCGGAGCCUAUGGUUUCCUUGAACACCUUGAUUCUCGUGCUGCAGCACAAUUAAUACUCCAAACCGUUACAGUUGAAGCGAGGCAGGAGAUGAUUUUCAGACAACUUCAGGGAAUAUUCCCCAUGCCAUUUGCCUUCAAUCCGGCUAUCACCCAGAGCAUGCAGUGGACGUUGAUAGCACCGUUUAUCGUUUCAUGCCCUGCGGAAAAUAACCGCGUGGAAUUCCAGAACUUCCCUGCACUCAAUAUCACCAACAAUCCGAACUUCACGAUGUUGUCCAACAGCUCGGGCCCCACGGUCAGCGUGAAUGAAACUGCAUUUUCUACUCCUGGACAGUCCGUCAGUCUGUCUUGGGAAUCGCCCGGGAUACCUGUUGGUCCUAACAAUUCGUACACCACGAACACGACUGCCGGUACGCCUCAGUUUGUCGCCUGGAUUUCUCAGCUCAAUACAACGUACACACCGCUCACGAACGUGAGUAACAACACGGGGGUCAACACGGGGGUCACUCAGCAGCCCGGCGGGACGAUUUAUGGUGACGGCACCUCUCUGACUUUCAACGGCACCUUGUUCGUGUUGGUCACAGAUUCUAAUAUCACAGUUACACCGGCGAAUAUCUCUCUUUUGAAUUCGCAUGUUGUUGCCGGCCCGGCCGUCUACCGCGCUGGUUGA